AUGAGCUGCUACAACAACUCCGAACUCCAGGUGCUUUGCAGCUCCAGCCAGCUAUUCCUGCAGCCCCUCUGGGACCGCCUGAAGACCUGGGAGGUCCUCAUCCAGUCGCCCUUCUUCCCGGUCCUCUUCUCAGUCAUCACCUAUGUGGGCUUCUGCCUCCCCUUCGUGGUGCUGGACGUCCUGAACCCCUGGGUUCCAUCUCUGCGYCGCUACAAGAUUCAUCCCGAUUUUUCGCCGUCAGCCCGGCAAUUGUUGCCCUGCCUGCGACAGACUCUCUACCAGCACGUGGUGUUCGUGUUCCCCUUAACGCUGCUACACUGGGCCCACAGCCCCAAGCUCCUGCCACCCGAAGCCCCCCAGCUGCUUGAGCUAGUGAGCCACAUCGUGUUCUGCCUGUUGCUCUUCGACGCUGAAUUCUUUGUGUGGCACGUGCUGCACCACAGAGUGCCCUGGCUGUACCGCACCUUUCACAAGGUGCACCACCAGAACUCGUCCUCRUUCGCUCUGGCCACGCAGUACAUGAGCGUCUGGGAGUUGUUUUCCUUGGGCUUCUUUGACUUGGUGAACAUCAAGCUCCUYAAGUGCCACCCGCUCACCGUCCUCAUCUUCCAUGUGGUCAACAUCUGGCUGUCAGUGGAGGACCACUCAGGCUACGACUUUCCGUGGUCCACUCACAGACUAGUGCCUUUCGGGUGGUAUGGAGGUGUGGCGCAUCACGAUCUGCAUCACUCUCAGUUCAAUUGCAACUUUGCCCCUUACUUCACACACUGGGACAAAUUACUGGGUACCUUUCGCCCUGCACCUCUGCCAGCUUGGUGGAAUUGUGGCUGUGGUGGGUGCCCGUCCUAA